ACACACACACACACACCCUCCCCAACCCACCACCACCACCACCACCCAACCCCCCUCUCAAGUCUUUGUUAGCCAUGCCUAGCCUGGUAGUAUCAGGGAUAAUGGAAAGGAACGGGGGUUUCGGCGAGCUAGGCUGCUUCGCGGGGAGCAGCAAGGACAGGGCGCUGCUGGAGGAUGACCGAGCUCUGCAGCUCGCCCUGGAUCAGCUGUGCCUGCUCGGGCUGGGGGAGCCGUCCUCCUCCUCCUCCUCCUCCGCCGCCCGUGGUGGUGGGAGCGGAGGACAACAACAACAAUAACCCGCCGCCGCCGCCGCCCCCCAGCAGCCGCCCCAGCCCCAGCCGCCCCAGCCGCCGCCGCCGCAGCAGCCGCCGCCGCCCCCGCCGGCCCCGAAGGGCUCCGCGACCAUUUCGUCCUCCGCUUCCACCGCCGAGACCAAGUUGUGCGCCUUGUACAAGGAGUCGGAGCUGCGGCUCAAGAGCAGCUCCAACACCACGGAGUGCGUCCCCGUGCCCAGCUCGGAGCACGUGGCGGAGAUAGUGGGCAGGCAAGGCUGCAAGAUCAAAGCUCUGAGGGCAAAGACCAACACCUACAUCAAGACCCCGGUGCGCGGUGAGGAGCCGGUCUUCAUGGUGACGGGGCGGCGGGAGGACGUUGCCAUGGCUAGGCGGGAGAUCAUCUCAGCAGCUGAGCACUUCUCCAUGAUCCGGGCCUCCCGCAACAAGGCCGGCACCACCUUUGGCAGCGCCCCUACCCUGCCCGGCCAAGUCACCAUCCGGGUCCGUGUACCCUAUCGUGUGGUGGGCUUGGUAGUGGGUCCCAAAGGGGCCACCAUCAAGCGGAUCCAGCAGCAAACCAAUACCUACAUCAUCACACCCAGCCGGGACCGGGACCCCGUCUUCGAGAUCACAGGGGCACCGGGCAACGUGGAGCGGGCCCGGGAGGAGAUCGAGACCCACAUUGCAGUGAGGACAGGCAAGAUCCUAGAAUACAACAAUGAGAAUGACUUCCUGUCCAGCAGCCCUGACUCGGGCAUGGAGAACCGCUACUCAGAGGCGUGGCGGGUCCACACGCCUGCCCCAGGCUGCAAGCCCCUCUCCACCUUCCGACAGAACAGCCUUGGGUGCAUUGGCGACUGCUCUGUGGACCCGGUCUACGAGACACCCCGACUGAACGACCAAAAUGACUUCAAUUAUGGUUACCUCUUUCCUAACUAUGGUGUGAACAAACAAGAUCUCUAUUAUGGGGUGCCAGAAUCUGGUGCUCCCAUGUGGGCCGGGCAGGAAAACACCAACCCCGUCUCAGUGCUCUUCUCUAAACAGCAGCGAUCCGGCAGCACUGGUGCCGUCCAUCCUAACUCGCAUCGCUCCCCGUCCUCUUCUAUCCAAGAGCCUAACCUCUCUGGGCUCCCCAGAAGGUCUCAAGGGGAACCACUGCAAGGAUUUUCCAAGCUGGGAGCCAACACCACUGCCCGGACAUCCAUCUCCAGCAGUCGGGAGUGCAUGGUGUGCUUUGAAAGCGAAGUGACGGCAGCCCUGGUGCCGUGCGGCCAUAACCUCUUCUGCAUGGAGUGCGCUGUGCGGAUCUGCGAGAGGACCGACCCGGAGUGCCCGGUUUGCCAUGCUGCAGCCACUCAGGCUAUUAGAAUAUUUUCUUAAAGAGACAGG